UGUUCCACCCUCCACCUCUCUUCCUUCUUUCCUUUCUUUAAUGCCACAGCUGCUAUUUAUGAACACAAAUCCAAUCAAGUUCUUCCCCUUUCUCCAAUAUACUCUCCCACUGAUACUUGUUACAUUUCAUCUUUGGAAAGUAAAAUAAAAGAAGGAAGCAGUACAGAAAGAGAUGGAGUUGGAGCUCGGCCUCGCCCUUCCCAACAACCAUUUGAUGAAGGGGUUGGAUCUUAAUGAUGGCAGCACGACCAAUUCAUACAGGAAGAGAGGUUUCGAGGAGGCAUUUGAAGAAGUGAUCCCUAAGGCUACUCUGCCUCUCUUUGUCCAUAAAAAUGGUGGAGAUGGAGAUGAUGAGAAUGACAGCCCCCAGCUUAAGAAUUCCCCCGAGCUUAACAGCAUUAGUGGAAACAGAGCAUUGGUGGGGUGGCCGCCGGUCAAACACCCGAGGAGGAGGAGCGCAGGCGGUGGAGCAGAGGAGAGGUGGAGCGAGCACUGUGGGAGCAACAGCGACGACGGUGGCGGUGGUAGAAGAGCCAAGUGUGUGAAGGUGAAGAUGGAGGGGGUGGCAAUUGGGAGGAAGGUGGACCUCUCUCUGCAUGACUCUUACGAGGAACUCUUCCACACGCUCAACCAGAUGUUCCCCAACAUGCAACAUGAGUUGGGAAUUGGAGGUUUUGCAGGGUUUGCUCAUCAUCCUCAUCAUCAUCGUCGUCGCUUCAUGGUCACGUAUGAGGAUGGAGAGGGAGAUUGGCUGUUGGUUGGAGACAUGCCUUGGGAGGAUUUUAUCAGGUCAGUCAAGCGUCUCAAGAUUUUUAGCUAAACAAGUAGUCAACCAGAGAUCUUUCUUGGUCUAUAAUAUCUAUAUGGCUGGCCUACAUGAAUGUUUCUUCUUUCCUGCAUUUAUGUAACCUCUAGAACUUAGUAUGUGUUAUGGUUAUGGUAUGUUCCUGUUGUUGUUACACAUAAGUAGCUACUUGUAUAUUUAUAAAAAUAGAAUCUUGUAGGCCCUACUUUGUUA